CAACAUUUAUACAAAAACAGCUCGUGUGCCAGGCGCUACCUUCAGUAUGUCACAGGAACAAUGCUCUGAAUGUGUUUAUUUAUUUAUUCAAAAGUCUUCAAGCCCACUAAGAUGAAGAUGGAAACUUUCCUUCGGGAGAUAAGGACUCCGGCUUGUUGACUGAUGGCGAGAUCAGAUUGCCAGCGUGCUUAUUUCUCAGAAGUGAAAAAGUUUUUCGCGUAAAAUGUGAUCUCAUGAGUUUUGUGAGAAAGGGAGAGAGAUAUUUCCGGAUGGAGUCAGACCUGACGCUGGAGUCGAGUUUGUGGGUCGAAAAUAAAAGAUACCGGGCUGUCCUGACGGGCUGGCACUUCAGAUGGACAGAGUUAGAUAAGAAGAACCGCGACAAGAGAACAAGUAGGUGACUUCUUACCUCUCACAAACAUCAGCUGAAUGGCAUCACACAGAGUACUGUACAAAUCUGAAAAACUGAUCUCAUUUUUGCCCUCAGCUUGUUUUGUGUUAUAAGCUAUGAGUAAUGACUCUCUCACAUGAGCACGAGGAAAUACUUAAUACAGACACACCUGAGGCCAAAGCUUGCUUCCUAUCUGCUUUAGAACAAUCAGGACAGAUGUCAAACGAGAUAGAGUCAAUAUCCACGAAUGAAAUCACCAUAAACUCACAGUUUUUAUUUCAAUGCAUGUGAUUCUGGAUUAUUAAAGGGAGGGAGCACUUUAAUUAAACCAAAGCUGCUUGAAGGGAACAUGAAGAACAAGUUAAACAGCACCAACAUGAAACACAACCCACUGAAACAGUUUACUGACAACACAGACAGAGAUCUUACUCACCAGCAUUCAGUGAUAUUCUACGGGCUGUCUUUAUCUUCAUCAAAUUAGCUUUCUUUUCUCAAAAUAGCACUCAUAUGGCUUAGAUUUAAAAUCAGCAAUGCUUUAACUGCAAGAAUACAUCAUGAUGCUCUACCAGCUGUAUAACCUAGAUCUAUCCCAGUUUAUCACUGUAGGCCAUUCAUUCAUUUACCGGUCUGUGAGGCUUUUAGUGAUCAUUAACAGGUGCAGUUUGUAAUAUGAAGAAUGGCAAUGCACUUAUUGAGGUGUGCCAGCGAUCCCACAUCAACAAUAAUAUCCCGCAACACCUGUUAUGACUUGUCCAAGCAGGAAAAGUUUAAUAUAACUACUAACAGCUUUGAGGAGUAGAAAUAGAGCUAUGGAGGAAUUAUAUAAUAAUACAUUCAGAGAAACCAGAACACCGACUUUAAGGCUGUGCUUAUCUGUGCGCAUGAUUAAAGUUUCAGUACCGGUGUCAGAGGUGGUUGGAGUGGAAGAGGGCCGGGUGGAGAUCCUGCCACAGAAGUCAGUUGAGGACACAGACAAAGACUUCACAGGUGGGCUAUCUUGGUGGACUUUCAGGUAUCACAAACUUAAAGCCACAGUUAGAUUGAAGUAAAUGGUUGCACAACAUGAGGCAUGCAGUCUUUGAUUGAGCUUGAAAGUGAAUGGCAAUAUGAAUAAUUUACUAACAAGUGCACCCAACAGUGGCCGAUCAUUUUAUGCAAACAUGAUCUUGUUAACCCUCACUUUGCUACAGCUGAUAUGAUGACCUCGCUACAUUGCACUGACUUCUUUUUCCAACCUCCACUUGCAGUUUUCUAUGUGAAACGCUGCAGCAACGGGGGCUCCCAUGGGUUGCUUUGGAGACUGGGCCGGACUCAGUUCAGCUGCCUGAGUCGUGUCCUCAGAGACCAGUGGACGAAACACCUAAAAGCCGCUCUCAAAACUCACAGUAAGGGCAGGAGAUUUGAUGAGGAGUAAAACAGCCAUGAGAUGGAUAUUAAAGUUCAUGUUUAAAGUCUACAAAUGCUAACAAGAAUAAGACUGAUUAAAUGUCUUUGUGAGGUGGUUAGUGUCAGACCAGACCAUUUACAGCCUACCAAAAAAAUCUGCUUUUGUUUAUCCCAACUUUUUCAGAGUACAUUUUAAUGUUACAAAACACAAGAUCAGAUCAGAAAACAUAUCAUAAUGAAGUGAUGAAAGAUUGAAAAGAUCUGUGAAGUUUUCAGAGGGUAACAAUUAUAAUUUAACAUACAAUAUUAGUAAUACAAACCACACACACUUUGUAUAUAUUUUCCAACAUGGAUACUAUGAGUGUUUUUGUUGCACAGGAUGCUUAAUUAAAAAAAAAAAAAACACAGUGUAUGCCCCUUUAUGACCAAGAUAUAAUAAAAGUUAAAACAAAAAAAGUUUCAGAGUAAGUGCACCAUUAAAGAUGAAUAUUUGUCUUACAGGUCCAUUGCGCCCGAAAAGGCUGCUGGUUUUUAUCAACCCAUUUGGAGGGAAGAAGAAAGGACGAGAAAUCUACCACUCUCUGGUUAGCCCUUUGUUUGAGCUGGCUGGUAUCAGUUCUCAUGUAAUAGGUGAAUAAUCCUGGCUUUAUCAGUUUCCUGCAAAUUCAAAUUUUUGUCUCUUUAUUGACAUGAUUUUAAAAGUUCUAUAUGUUUUUAUUGUCUAUGUGUAACGAUCACAUUUAUUGAUCAGUGACUGAGCGUGCAAACCAGGCCAGAGACCACCUCCUGAAGAAAGACCUGACAGGAUUUAACGGGUGAGAGCUUUCAGUGCAUGUGAACCACAAACACUGUGGCAUGAGAGCAUUGUCACAGCUAAGCCUGCUGGGAGGAGCUCUCCUGACAGACACUCUUGUGUGUGUUUAUUCCAGAGUGGUGUGUGUGGGUGGGGAUGGCAUGUUCAGCGAAAUACUUCACGGUUUGAUUGGUCGGACGCAACAAGAGGCAGGCCUUUGUGAGGAUGACCCCACUGUUACUCUGCAGCCGUGUCCGCUACACAUCGGCAUCAUCCCUGCUGGUAACAACACUGUUAUGAAGUCACCAAAAUACUGAAUGUUGGUGUCAGAUACACAGCGUAGAUAGACAGAUACACACACACCCACAUCCUGUUUCACUUCGUCUGUUGCAGGUUCUACAGACUGUGUGUGUUUUGCCACAGUGGGGGUGAUCGACCCUGUUACUUCAGCUUUGCACAUUAUCAUUGGUGAGAAGCAACUGUCAUCUUUUUUUAAUAUUAAAAACUGAAGUUGAAAAAAAAAACGUUGUAGUUGUGCUCUGUUGUUAAAUUUCCCACAAUGCCUUGCAGGAGACUCUCAACCCUUGGAUGUGUGUUCAGUCCAUCAAACUUCUGCACUUGUUCGUUACUCUGUGUCUCUGCUGGGUUAUGGCUUUUAUGGGGACGUACUGGCUGAGAGUGAGAAGCACCGCUGGAUGGGACCUCUCAGAUACGACUAUUCAGGUACGAGAGGGGCUUUUUUAAGAAGACAGGAAUAACUGUACACUGAACUACGGUGGAUUAUGUUGAUUUAUGUUAAUUUUACAGUUUAAAAGUAUUUUAGUAUUCCGCUUUUAGCCAAAAUGGUUUAAAAAGUUGAGUUAGACAGUUUCAGAAGUUAAAUCACAGUAAAGGUGUAAACCAGUUAUUUAUUUAUUUUUUUUUUUACUGACCAGCAGGGGGCAUGUUCACAGGUUGCAAUAUUAAAAAAAGGUUGAAUUGCCCAUAUUUACAUUGUAGUGGUUGUCCACUGAUUUCCUCCUUAGGUUGGAAAAGCUUGGACUGUUAUAGCUGUUGUUGCUGUGUUUAAGAUUUCAAACCUUAAAGUGAGUGAAUCUUACAAAUAAAUAUCAUAUUGCUGCCCCGAGACGUUUCAGCUGAAGACUGAAAAAAACAACUUAAGAUCGGAAGGCGCAGUUGGCCAUAUUUCAAACUAAAAUGCAAUAAUUGAAAACUAAAGCUACUGUCUAUAGCAAUAAAGUAUAUCCCAGGAAAGGGUUAAAGUCCUAGCUUAUGGCAGAGUAAGCUAGCUAAUUUUCACGAUCUAUCAGCUUUUUUUCACUACUCCCACGAUCAGUCGAAGAAGGGGUUAAAUGAGAACAUUUUCACAGAUUUCCUAUGUUUGAACUGAUUGAACUGAUUGUUCACCUUAAACAUAAAGCUUGGGAGCACUGGAGUUUCUCAGCCGAUGUCAGAGGAAAAAGGCCCUGGGGGGGAAUUGUUCAGAACCAGUUUUGAUUUUUGCUGACGUAUUAGCUGAUGUAUCACCUCAGUUAACAUUGUCUUAUUAAGUAUACAGUCACAACCCAUAGUUUCACAUCCUAGGUAACCUUAUUUUAUGAACUUAUUUUGUAUUUUUACCAUUGACAGUAAUUAAACAAUAUAACAUGGUGUCCUGUUGUGUAUCAGUACCUGUGAUUACCAGAAUACAGAGAAAUCACUAUAAAAUAGGGUACUUACCUCUAAAUAAACAAAUGAAUAAACAAAUGCAUGACAUCUAAAUUAUUAGACAUGACAUGCUCAAAGCUCUGUUCAUUGUUAGAAAAAUAACAAGCUGUUUUGCAAAUAACUUGUUUUCAUUUUUUUGAAUAUCUGCUGAUCUAACUGCCCCCUUUGUGUAGGCACAGUGGUGUACCUGAGCAACAGAAGCUAUGCAGGCGUAGUUCAGUAUCUACCAGCAGACCCGGUCCUCUCCAGCCCCAGAGACAGAACACGCUGCCUCGCAGGGUAAAGUACCAACAACCACAUCCCUUAUCUCAGAGGAUGGCUGUUCACUGUAUUUCACUCACUGUCUCCUCGUGUGUCUUUAUCCUUUUCUAAACUGUCUCACCACAACAGAAAGUUUGACCUUGCAAACAUUAAACCCUUUUUAUAACAAAGAGAGAAAGUGUCCUUGGAGAAGAAUCAUUAUUAUUUAAGCACUGGUGAAAUGGUUCGAAUUCACUGUUUGAGACACUGUAAUUGCUACCACCUGUGGUUUGGGCUCAGGUGUUGUUUGCACCUUAAGGAGGGUAUGAACCAGGGCAAGGGGAACUUGAUCUAGCUGAAAGGUGAGCCUUGGAGCUCUAUUAUAGUGAACAAUUCCUCGCUCUUUGUCUGCGGCAGCUGUCCUUGGCUGUUAGCUUCAGGGUUUAUGAUCCUCCUAUGAACGGGUGUCAAGGUAGAGGAACUUGUUGUUUCACAGACUUUCAAACAGAGUGAAAACCCUUUGUGUUUGUGUUCUCUGUGUGUGUGUGUUUGUGCAUGUAUGUACGGUAUGUGUUUGUGUGUUUAGGUGCAGCGUUUGCUCCAGAAGUACAGAGAGGCUCUUCCCCAACUCUUCAGACUCCGGCUCACUGUACAGCUCCUACCACAGCCAGUACAAUAAUGACUCAGAGGGUGAGACCACACACACACAUGCACACACACAAAAUAGUCUUGUCUCUGUUAAAGUCAGGAAUGGGAAUCUUUCUUUUAGUCUAAACUGAUUGCAAGGUAAGGCAGGAUUUAUACCACUCCACAAGAUGAGAAGGAAAGUGUGGGGAAAAGAUCAGAAAUCGCAAAGACCCCCUCAGGUUAGGAGAAAACACUUUUGCUUGAAAUUGUUAGUCAAAUAAGUUUUCACAGGGUAAACAACUUGAAGCAUGUUGUAAAUUGAUUGACAAACUACAGCAGAAAUGAGAGGAAAUGUUUGGCAUUAGUGAGGAUAAGAGUGCAAAGUUAUGUAAAAUGUAAGAGCUGCUCAAUGAAACAAUCACUACAGAGCAAAGUUAAACAAAUGUUUGGCUAAAAAGAGAAAAAAAAACACUCAUAAAUCACUACAAGUAAAGCCAGUUUUGGUGAAUUGCUUUGUUUUUGUGAAAAACCUGAGUAGUCCUAUCUAAUGCACAGGAAAAGAUCCUGAUUUUCUGAUUUCUUUUUGUCUCUUCAGGUGAGUGGGUGAGUGUAGAGGGCAGAUUCAGGUGUGUGUCCCUCACUUGCAUGUCUAGCUCAAAUCCCAGAAGUCCCCUGGGCCUUUCUCCCUCCGCUCACCUGGCAGACGGGACAGGGGACCUCAUUCUGGUGUGGGACACUCACCCGCUGGGAUUCCUCAAGUUCCUCUACAGGCACACAAGUUCUCAGGACCAGGUUUGUGCUCUUUUAAUCCAAACAAAGCAAACAAAGCCGUUCCUUCAAAUGUAAACACUAAAUGGCUCAGUCUCUGUCCUGCUUUUCUUAGUUUGACCUGCCAUUUGUUGAAGUCCAUCGGGUUAAGGCCGUUCGCUUCUCUCUACCCCCGGACAAAGAGGAGGACUCGUUUGCUGAACGUGAAGGGCAGAGUAACGAUGAAGAGCGGGGUUACACUGACACUGCUAGCAGGAACGGAUCUCAACAGCACCUGGCAGAGAAAGGCGCAGCACGAGAACCAACAAAGAGGCAGAAAACAGCCAACUCUUUUUUAUGUGGUGUGUGCUGCAGCAAAGCUCCCGCCGUGUCAGUGUGGAACUGUGAUGGAGAGAUCCUGCCUUCAACAGAGAUCCUCAGCAGGUGAGAGAGUGCAACUGUCCAUGAGAGGCUUUUAGCACAUUCAUGGACUACUGCAUUAUCCCUCCAAUUCUAGCUUCAACUUUGUUACUCAGCUUUGUCAUGUACCAACAGAGAAGUUUUAAACUGUGUGAACUCCUCUUUAGAGUCCACGGCCAGUUGGUGCGUCUGUACGCUCGGGGCAUUGAAGAUGGAGCAGCGGUGCAGGACUACAGAGAGGAGAGUGACAAGCGUGAAAGGUCAUGUUACGGGACAAGUCUCAACUAAGCUUUGGAAGAAAAAAAAUCGGGACAGGUGAUUGAAUUGUUCAAGAGGCGACAAGUCAGCUGGGCUUACAGUCUCUCUUUGCCAAAAAGUUCCAAAUAUUUCAGGCACUUUUUAAAAAAUUUCUUAUGCAACUGUUAAAAAAAUAUUUAUUUUUUAAUGAGUGUGUUUGCUGAAUUCUCCCUGAUGGAAAGCACUAUUAAAAAUACUAGAAGUAGUUUUUCUGUGCAAUAAGAACUCCUUCUGGAGGUGUGUAGUGUUUUGGUAUACGUGAUGUGUUUAUUUUCCGGAGGUUUACACCAUGGAUGAAGUCAAGGGCAGUUGACACAAAAAGCAUCUUAAUGCAAUAAAAAAGACUGACUGGUGUGAAUUUUUGCCUGACUGUUUUUUAUGUAGGGGAGAGUGGGGUAAGUUGAGCCAAAGGGUAAGUUGAGCCACCCCCUGUUAAUUGGAAAAGGUAAAAGAAAUUGAUCAUGUGACCAAAUAUUUAGGAGAUGGGCAUCAAUUCAUGGAGUCUGUGAAGGUUAGAAGCACAUGGGUGAAGGGGUUAGACAUUUAUUUACAAAAAAACAUUUUUCACUUUUGAAAGUGAAUUUAGUCUGUCAUGAGUUUUAUUAGAAUUGUGUUCAGACAAAAAAAAAUCAUUUUAAAUUUGUUUUAUACAUCAGUUGUGGUAUCUAUGAGCUACAAUGAGGUCAAAAACCUGACAUAAAAGUCCACUGUAUCAGCUUAGAGGACUAAUAAAGUCAUCAUAGUAGUUCUGGGGUAAGUUGAACCAGUGGCUCAACUGAGAAAGUAAAGGAGUCUGAUGAGAGGAUCAGAGUUUCAGUUCAAGUUGUUGAAAUGUGUUACUUUUUCUAUUUAAAAAUACAGCUGUGAAUGUUCUGAAUCACUUUCUCAUGUUAAAAUGUUUUUUUACAAAACAGCUUUUUAGCUGUUAUUUGCAAUAGUAAUUAAAAGAAUUAUUGUACCUGUUAAAUAGCAUACAAGAAAUAAAAAUACACAUGAAUGUGAA